GCCCGGCAACCAGGGUAGAGAGCGGAUAAACAAGGCCCGGGGCUGGAGGCAGCAAUGGCUUCCGUUCGAAGUUCAGCUGCUUCAAAGAGGGGACAGAGACGUAGCAGAUCUGAAGAGAAACUUAUUAGGCAAGAGGAGGAGAGAAAGCAUUUGGAAGAAGAGGAGUUACGACUGGCAUCGGAACAGCUAGAACGAGAAAUUCUCGAGCAAAAGAGGCUUGAGGAAGAAGAGAGGGCGAGAAUUGCAGCAGAGGAUAAGAUCCGUAAAGACAAUGAACUACCUGAACUUUUACAAAUUUUGAAGAUGAAUAUGGCUUCAGUUCAGAAGUUGCAUAAAAAUCUUAGAGAAGCUACCAAGUGGCAACGUUACAUGAAAUGUGAUGGAACCCCUGAUCCAACGAUUCUCCAGGAGAUCAAUACCUUCAUUAAUCUCGCCAGAGAAGAUCCAAAUACAGACAUAAAUGCGUUGCUUAAAUGUGGUAGAAUAAUAUUAGGGCUUUUAGAUGAAUUGCAAAUGUUAUUAAGUGGCACCCCGUCUGACGAGCUGUCUGAGGCAACUGCAGCUCAGUACCUACAAACCACUUGGAAGCUGCAGGAUCUCCUCUCCAACAUCAAUGACAAAGCUACAGACAUCCUCCUGCAGAAAGCAAUUGAUCUUGUGGAUAUUGAGACUGGAAACAUGCAGGAAGUCGUGAAUGAUGAGAAUGUCACUCUCUGUUUGUGGGCAAACUUCAACAAAAAUCCCAGAUUCAAGGGUUAUGACUUUGUCAACAACCAUGUAGAAUUUGAACUCCCUCGCCCCCUGGCUAUGUGUGACAUUGCCGUGCGGAUUUUGCACACCCAAUAUGACCACAUCUCGUGCCACAUCCCUAUGUUUCAAGCUCAACAGAAAGCUUUCCGAAAUGACACAAUUUUAAUAAUUGAGGAGGAGGAGGAGCCAAAACCACUUAAAGUGAAGCAGACGGACAAUAACGAACGGAAAGACAGUAAACCCAAGCAGGAUACGGACAGCAAACUAGCGAUGGAUGAGGAUAUAAAACGCCUCCGCCCCACAAGAACACGGAGUGCAUUGAGCUCCCCAUCUAGAGAUGAUUUGUUGAAAAACAGGUCGCCAAGUGGUGAGAGAUCAUCAGGUCAUGGAAUGACAAAUCUAGAGCUUCUUCAUGAAUAUCCAUCCUCUGAAACGCUAGAUGAAUCUAUUGUUGAUUUUAAUCAGUACACACCGCUGGGUGGGGUGUAUUAUUUUGAUGUGUUAAAGUUGCCACCUCAGCCCAAGAUUGUCAAUGGAUGGAGAAUUGUCCAGCUGUCAGAGACAGGCUUGCAGCCAUAUUCCUAUCCGCUGGAGUCGGCCAAGGAGAGCAUAUCCUCACUGGGAACCAUCGAAGAGAGGGACUCCGAAAACCAUCCUGUGCAACCCGUAGGAAUUACCAUCAAACUCCCUCCGAGGGCAUUAUUCUUUGAACAGCCCACGCCUGCUCGAUGGGAUGCCUCAGGAGUAGUGUGGAGGACAGAUGGCAUUCACCAUGUCACGUUCGACGCAGAGACGGAUCAAUUAUCCUUUAAGAUGGACACCUUCAACAUUUUCACCCUGAUUCAGAGAAAUUAUGUCAACAUGCCUUUCCAGUCGUGGAACAUCAAACCCGUGGCAGAAAAUGAGGCUCUUUUAACCGUCCGUUCUGCCUUGAUUAUCGUGGAAAUUCGAAUCAAGGAGCUGUGCCAACUGUGUCCCAUGUCCAUCGAAGAUAAUCUCUCGCAUAUACGAGGAAAAUGGAUGACAGCUUCGAGUCUAAUCAUUUGCAUGGUCAACGCAGGGCUGAACAUUUUCCCAGGAGCUGAAUCAGAUAAAUAUGUUACAAAAACUGUCAAGAUUAAACAACUGGAGCAGGAGACCUACACUCAAAUGGCUCUCGUGGCAUCUGCCUUUGCUUUCAAAUGCAGUAAAUGGAACUUGAACUGUGAGCAUGAAGAAAUAGUUCUUCAGGCCCGGGAGAAUCUGACUGGGGAGAUGGUCAGCGAGGAUAGCUGGUCUCUUUACCUGUUGCGACCAGAGAGGUCUCAAAAUCUCAACAUGAAGGAGACUGAUGAAGAGUUGACGAAAGAAACCAACGAGCGCACAGAGUUCUACUCCAAUCUGUACCACAUGAUGAGGGGCCAAGCAAGUGAGGCCGCUCUGGAGCGGAUCCUAAACGCCGAUCACCUCUUCUUCACCAACGUCAAUGAAAUUCUGCAAGCCACCAAACUGUUGUCACACACAUUGUAA